AGCUGCUCUGCCAAUGAAUAAGAGCAAAGCAUUUUCCCUCUUUGUGUAUCUCCAACAUGGAUGCUUUUCAGGGGAUUUUAAAAUUCUUCCUUAACCAGAAAACUGCUAUUGGCUACAGCUUCCUGGCUCUGCUGACCGUGGGAGGUGAGCGUCUCUUUUCACUCGUGGCUUUUAAGUGCCCCUGCAGCACUGAGAAUAUGGUCUAUGGGCUGGUUUUCCUUUUCGCUCCCGCCUGGGUGUUACUGAUCCUGGGAUUCUCUCUGAACAACCGGUCCUGGAGACUCUUCACAGGCUGUUGUGUGAAUCCCAGGAAAAUCUUCUCCAGACGUCACAGCAGCCGCUUCUUCUGUGUCCUCAGCCAGAUCACUCUGAGUUCGUUGGUGGCACCAAUGAUGUGGCUUUCUGUGGCUUUGCUCAAUGGGACUUUUUAUGAAUGUGCCAUGAGCGGGACGAAAAGUUCAAGCCUCCUGGGACUGAUUUGCAAGGGCAAGCCCAAAGAGUGCUGGGAAGAACUUCACAAAGUAUCUUGUGGCAAGACCAGCAUGACACCCACAGACAAUGAAGAAUUGAAACUGUCCCUGCAAGCCCAGUCUCAGAUUCUAGGAUGGUGCCUGAUUUGUUCAGCAUCCUUCUUCUCUCUGCUCACCACCUGUUAUGCUCGCUGCCGAUCCAAAGUUAGCUACCUUCAGCUGAGUUUUUGGAAGACCUACGUACAAAAAGAGAAGGAGCAUUUGGAAAACAUGUUCCUGGAGUACGCCAACAAGCUGAGUGAGAGAAACCUGAAAUGCUUUUUUGAAAACAAGAGGCCAGAUGUCUUCCCCAUGCCCACCUUUGCAGCCUGGGAGGCUGCUUCAGAGCUGCAUUCUUUUGACCAAAGCCGGCAACAUUACAGCACCCUCCAUAAGGUGGUGGAAGAUGGUCUGGAGCUUAGCCCUGAGGUCGAUGAGACCACGAUGGUCCUUGUGGGUACUGCUCACGAUGUUUAGUUCAUCCAUCAUCACUGACUCACGGUGUCCAGUAGUACACUCAUUCUGACAUCUUCCUACUGCAUCAACAGCAACUUGUAGAUCUCUGUUUUCCUCACAUUUAGUGCUCCUUUAUAAGACAACAAUACAAAGGGAAGCAGCUUUACAGCUCCCCAGUGCAGAUGGUGUCAGGAUGUGUUUAAACUGAUGCUGAGCAACUGGUCAAGGAUGAUGACAAAGGUGCUCUUCCAUUGGUUGGGGGUUGGGCUCAGCCACUUCAAGUUCUGAGAUUUCAUGAUUUGACAGUGAGAUUCAUACAAGAAGGUCUGCCACUCUCUAUAAAUAUUGGUCAUGGCAUCUGGGGACAGAAAUGGUGACUUGUGAGUGAGGUACUCAACAUAGAUUGUCGUGCAAGGUGAGACCCAUGGUGUAGUCAGUGGGAGUCCUUGUCCUAUAAAUCUAUCAUAUUGCCUUUCAAGGAUGUAUGAAAUUCUACCAUUUCAAAUUCAUUCCCUUGGAAUCUGAAGAUAUCAGUUCUCAACAAUAACCAAUUGAGAGGAUAUGGUUCCUAAAAUUCAGAGCUUAUCACAUGUUUCCACUGUGUACUGAAAGAAUGUCCCUACAGGCAGGGCUGUAUUAUGACUUGUGUGGGUCCUAGGCACUUUUGCCUUCAUGGACCCUGUCUACAUUGAAAAAUACACACACGUGCAUACACACAUAUAUUUAUAACUGUAUUGAUAUAAAGACAUAAUAUUAUAUAUUAAAACAUUUUCUUCAACCUUCAUUUAUUUAUUUCCUUCUGAUUUUAAACGAAAUUAAAAACACUUUUGUGGGACCCUGCAAGUAUCAUGGGCCCCAGGCACAGUCACUACUGUGAUGAAUGGGUAAGUUGACCCUGCCUCGAGGUCUGGGGAAACUAUUCAAAGCAGUGAUGGUGUAAAACUGUUUUGUGGUUUUACAUUUAUAAUAAAUGAUGCAAACUUUGCAACCUACUAUGUAAUAUAUCCACAUUAGUUUAAAUAUAUACACUUUUAAAAAUUCCCCCUAAAUCUCUGAGUAGAACUGAUGCUUAAGGAAGAGGCACCAUGUUUUAUGCUGUGGCUCACACCUUAUAUCACUGGCAGUCCUUGUCUCCUAUUUUGAGAAUCUUGGGGAUUAACUCCUUACUGCCAUGGAACAUUAUUGAAAACUAGGGGGAGGACCCUAUAGAUUUUAGACCUGGAUCAUAUCCUUGGGAACUCAAAGGUGCAGGGUCAGAUGUGUGUGUGUAGGUAGAAGAGUGGGAGGUGGGGGCUGUGAGGUUGCAAUAUUUGAAAUCUUAUUUGGGUUGUAAAUAUGAUAUAUGAUAAAUGUUUACCAACUGGCUCUCAAAAAAGAAAAGAAGCCCUGAGUUGAAGUGUUUGAUAUGGUGUAACUUCAAGUUGCCAAGGUGAUAUCACUGAAUGCAGAGUUAGGAAGAGAUGCUAACCAUGGCUCUCUUGAGCCAGUAUGAGCUUUCAAGGAAGGUAUUAUAGAUAGUGUGCCUUUGCAUUUACAUUGAUUCUAGCCAAACCAACUUUGGUGCAUCUGGGAUUCACUUUAAUAAAACCUAACUGUGAUAAAUUAAAGCUGGCUCAAUGGCUCCAGCUGAGAGAUGGGGUCACAUUCUUCUCCUCACUACCAACCUUGAAUCUAGUCUUAACAAACCAAUAGAAUGUACAGAAGUGAAGGCAGAUUAUGGAAGUGUUGCAGCCUAUGCCUUGGUCUCUGGCAAUGCUCAACCUGGUGGAAGCCAGCACCAUGUAAUAAGUCCAAUUACUUUGAGAGCUGCAAGCCCUGAAGAAGUUCAACCUAGCCAAGUGGAAAGAUAGAGAGAAAAGAGACAGGGAGUGAGAAAGAGAAAAAGAGAGGGAGCGACAGAGUCCUGGCUAGACCCAACUGUUCCAAUCAUUCUGGAUUAGGUGCCAGACAUGUGAGCAAAGAAACCAUUUUGGACAUUCCAGCCUCAGGAGACAAGACAUGGUGAAGAACCGGGCAACCCAACCAACAGCCACAACAAAGGUCACAGAUCUUUGCUCCUAGUGAAGUCACUUUAGACAUCCAGACUUUUGAGCCACUCCAUCUCAGGCUGCAGACAUGGUAGAGCAGUCUGCACUAUGUCCUGUCCAAAUCCCUGAGCCAGAAAAUCAUGAGCUUAAAUGAAUGUUUCUUGUUUUAAGCCCUCAAAUUUGGAGGCAGUUUGAAGCAGUAGAUAGCCCGAACACCAACACAUGAAAAUCAGAAUUUAUUAAAGGAGAGAAGUUAGAGGCCAAUUGGAUUUAUACAUAGAUUUAUAUGAAGAUUAUCUCUAUGCAUAGGCUUUUCCUUAAUAAUUUUUCCCUCUAGAUUCCAGUCAGCAGUAUAUCCUCUAUGAAAUGAUUUGAUAGAUGUUGAGUAGGUACCUCUCCAUAAUGGCUCCACCAAAGCCUGAGAUUCCUUUUUAAUUAUUUCUGGUUAAACUUGGUUUAAAAGGAAUAUACUUCUGUGCAUUAAAUUCUGUUUAAAAUAACAUGUUACUGAGAGGGGCAACAUUAUUUGUCAUUAAUACCUAGACAAAAAUGGGAGUGGAGGAUACAGGAUAGGUUGGCCUUGAGUAAGCUGGAAACAGAUUGGUCUUCUCGUUUGGCUCCUCAGAGUGUCGUCUUCAGAUCAUCAGCAUCAGCAUCAAGAAGGACCUCGUCAGAAAGGCAGAACUACGGCCCCAUUCCAGACCUGUUGAAUCAAGCCUGCAGUUUCACGUGAUUCCUGUGUAAUUUCAAUGUAGAUGUGCCAGAGCCCUGUUCUCAAACUUUAGCUCACAUCAAAAUCAUCUGGAGGGCUUGUGAAAAUGUGGACUGCUGAGCCCUAGCCCCGGGGCGUCCCAUUUGGUAGGUCUGGGUUAAGGCAGGAGGAUUUGCAUUUCUAACGAGUUCUCGGGUGACGCUGACGCCGUUGUUCCAGAGAGCACAUCUUGGGAACAACUCCUCUAAAGCACAAAGCAGCCCACACUGGGGAACACAGGAAGACAGGGCCUCACCCUAGAUCUACCGAAUCAGAUGUCUUUGUCAUGUUGCUAUCAACCUGAUAAGAACAUGGGGUGCCUUUCCAUUUAUUCAAGGCUACCUUUUGUCCUUAGGAGUAUUUUAAAGUCUUCCUUACUUCAGUUUUGCAAGUUUCUUGUACUUGUAGGUACUUUUCUUUGCUGCUAUUGUAAACAGUUUCUUUUUUCCAACGUAUCUUCUAAGUGAUGGUUAUUUGAGUACAUGAAAAAGCUAUUGCUUUGUGCAUAUCAAUUUUAUACCUCUCUACUGAUUCUUUUAUUCUCUUAUUUUUUGUAGAGCUUUUCAGAAUUAGAAAAUAACCAUUUUGCAACCCCUAAUGACAUAAUACAUCUGGACAAUAGAUAAUGAAUUCUAAACUACUAGGUGAAAGCAUGAAAGGGUGAGGACCACACAACUUGAAGCCACUUAUCUAUCUUAGCAUCCCUAAAAAUGGGACAACCAGAUAUCAUGUGUCUCCUAAUGAGAUGCAAUGCAAGAGUAAGUACACGGUACCAUCUGUGAAAUCUUUGUUUCCCCAAAAAACUAAAUCUGAAUCUAAUGAAGUAUUUAGACCUAACUACUAGUUUACAGGGAAUAUAGGCAACAGAAAACAAGUUAAUUAGCACUAUGAGAAAGUAACCGAGUAAAUCUAGAAUAUCAGACAUUCUAUUUGACAUAUGACCCAGUUUUCCACAGACCAAUGACAUAAAAAAAAAGAAGAAUAAAAGAGACAUAACAACCAGAAGCAACACGUGGGCCUUAUUUGUAUCCUGCUUUAAAGAACCAAAUGUAACAGGAUAUCUUUGAGAUUAUUUAGGGAAAUAUGAAUGGGGAAUAGGGAAAUAUUAUUACAUAUUCUCUUUACAUUUGUUUAUGUUUGAAAAAUUUCACAAUAGUUUUGCAAAGAAAUAAAUUAUAUGCUCAACUCA